GGACGGGAACAUGUGAGCAGGGAAUGGGCGACUGGAAACAGGAUUAUUGUUCUACACAGCAGAGAGACGCAGGAGGGACCCGGGACAGGAGAGACACGGGGACACUGUGACAAAUCCGAGGAGAUUUUUUUUUUUUUUUUACCUUUUUAAUUUUUGCGCAUCAGAGAAAUCGGAGGAAUAUCUAUCCAAAGAUGAACACCAUUGUGUUUAACAAGCUGAGUAGCCAGGUCCUUUUUGAGGAGAAGGCAAAAGAGGUGGAAAUGAGCAGCAGAAAUUAUCUAGAAGUCAUCGACGGGCAACAUCCAGACCUCCUCUCCAGCAACCAGACCAUCAGAGACAACCAGGCCAUCAGACACCGGCGGAGCGGGGGACGUCCCAGUGGCGGUAAAGUGCGACACAAGCGUCAAGCCCUGCAGGACAUGGCGCGGCCACUCAAGCAGUGGCUUUACAAGCACCGGGACAAUCCCUACCCCACCAAGACGGAGAAGAUCCUGUUGGCCCUCGGCUCACAAAUGACCCUGGUCCAGGUCUCCAAUUGGUUUGCCAAUGCCAGGAGGCGGCUGAAGAACACGGUGAGGCAGCCAGACCUGAGCUGGGCGCUCAGGAUCAAACUCUACAACAAAUAUGUCCAGGGCAACGCAGAGAGGCUGAGCGUCAGCAGCGAGGACAGCUGCUCAGAAGAUGGGGACAACCCUCAGAGGACACAGAAUGGCCCUGAGGAGCUCAACAAGCCCAUGUACCAGAGUGUUAUUAAGAAGGAGGGCUCCUCCAUGGUGGGCAUGGCCAUGGGUAUGGGCAUGGGCAUGAGCAUGGGUGCGGGGCUGCGCUCGGCUUCCUCACUGGCCGAGGACUAUGUGUCCCCUCCACCCAAGUACAAGAGCAGCCUGCUCCACCGCUACCUGAACGACUCGCUGCGCCACGUCAUGGUGGCCAACGCCGUCAUGGACGCUCGCAAGAGGAACCACUCUGGCUCCUUCAGCUCCAACGAGUAUGACGACGAGCUGCUCUCGCCAUCCUCCUCUGAGGCCGAGGCGAACUUUGUUUAUCGGGCUGAAACCACAGACCAUGGAUCAAGUAAAUGUGACAAUGGCAGCAGUGGCGUCGGAGUUGCGCAGAAGGAAAAGGUGAAGGGCAAAGACGAGACGUACUGGAGGGAGAUCAACGCCGCCAUGGCCUUGACCAACUUGGCGCAGGGGAAGGACAGCGCCUCCGGGACCACCAGCUGCAUCAUCCAGAAGUCGUCCCAUAUAGCAGAGAUCAAGACUGUUAAAGUGCCGCUGAUGCAAAAAUAUUAACCCUGACGUCAUCCUCCCAACUCUCUAUGCAAACCAGCAAAACAUUCCUGUUUCAGCAAACUCGCCCGAGUCCAAAUAGACUCCCUCAGCAGUGAAAAAAGAACUAUAGGGAGGGGGUUGAUGUUUGAGGCGAGGAAGCGUGGAACAAAAACUUUUUUAUUGGUGUCUAAAAAAGUGCAAAAGAGGCCUUGACCAUCAUAUUCUUUGCUGGGUUGACAGACAAAUGUUGAGUUUCACUGCAGUAUUUCCGAAAGCAAGACACUUUUGUAUUGUUAACUUAUUUUUGAUGAUUUUUUUUUUUAUUUCUCCUUUUUUUAAUGCUACGAAAUUUGUAUUUUGCCGAAAGUGCCUUUUGUUAUUUAGAUGAAUAACUCGCUGACUGUGGUCAAUGCAAAGUACAGAUAUUGAGGUGCCUCUUUAUACUAAGUGUCAAGAUUCAGGAUUUGCCUCGCGAAUGAAAACUCCCCCAGAACAGCCUGUGCCUUAAGGUCUGAAUGAGCUCACCAUCUGAGGCACUGAUGAACUUAAAUAGCAUCGUAGAAUAUUUUCAGCAGUAAUUCCCUGAAGGCAUCGUGCUUAUUUCGACUGGAGUGUUCAUUUUGACUGUAAACCGAACACUGUUUUGUCUCAGUCAGCCUCUUGCUGCUGUCAGGCCAACAAAAAACGUUGGAGAUAAGUUGCCCUAACGUGAGCAGCAGAUGGAUAAACAGCGCACCAUGUCAACAUGUCGGCCUUGGAUUUCAUCACCCAGCGAAGGAUUCCUUUCUUAUCGUGGCUUUUAGUUGCUGAAAUGUGCACAAACGCUCAGCUGGACCCAGAUGAAGUCACGUUCACCCACGAAGUGACACACAGAUCUGCUUCAAUACAGUAAUCUGUUCCGACAGAAGACUGACAUGACCUAAAAGGGAUGUUUUCGCUUUGCAUAUCAGUGUUUUAUGUGGACAGUGUUGCCUUUUCACAUGUUUGUGCUCAGAACAAGAUAGUCCGGAGUGAAUGAAAAAAAAAAAGCACUACGAGCUCCCCCAGCCUUUUGAUCCUCAGCCCUCUCAGCUGUUUAGCAUUACAUUCAAAUUGCUGUUUACAAGAAGCCAGAGGAUAGACUUAAAAGUUUGACUUUCUCCCCUUUGCUUUUUUUUCCCCUGUUUGUUUGUCUUCAAAAGUACAUUUCAGUAUUAUCUAUUUGUCGGCCAAGCAAGUGUUCAAAGUGUUACUGUCAGUCUGUAUAUGUGUGGUCGUUUUGUUUUUGAUCAGUACUCGGUUUCGCUUAACCGUACCGCAUUAAGAGUGUCUUUCGUCAUCCAAUGGAAAGUGUCUCUUUUCUAGAAAGUGCAUAUGUUAUAAACGUUUGCGGCGAAUGAUGCCAAGUUCACAAACUGGGGGAAAUCGAGUUGGACUUAUGGGAGAAACUAAAGUUGGCUCCCUUUGCUGACUUUUUAAUUUUAUGUAUAUCUUUAAGGUACUGUUUAUGUGUGUCAAAAUGUACACUCCUUCAUAAAUUGUGCCGUUUUUAUUUUUUUGACAGCCCAUACUGUGCUUAUGGUCAAGGACUUUGAGAGGGAGUGAAGCUGCACAAAGUGACUUUUUGACCUUUUUUAUGUCUUGAAUGUGCAAACUGUUAGAAAAAAAAGCUGCACUUACAGUUCUUGGUUUUCAAUCAGAAAACACAGUCUCCAUUGAGAACUUAUGGUGUUUUUACAUUAUGGUUAAAAGAAGUAAAAAAAAAAAGAAGGACAACCCUAUAUUAUUCCAGUUAGCGUGCCUAUGGAGGUAUAAUGAAAUCAAUCGCACUAGCCAAUCCCCAGGCACUAUUUGCUUAUGCAGUGGGGGCUGUGGGCUCCCACAUGUGUUUUUUAUACACCUGAUCCAGGCUGGGUAGCUGCGGGGUAGUGCCGGGCCCACUCCUUGUGUUUCCAAUUGCACCUCUGAACCUCUGGACCACUCGCGACCCUCACACCUCACACGAUACCUGCUUGCUGGGAAGAGAAAGAGCGAGUGAAGGAGGCUUCAGAAACAACAGAGCAGCCUUUGUUGUUCCUACCGGCAGUCACUCCCCAACGACGACACCAGUUCUAACAAAAGGGUUUCCACGGCCGAGACUUUGGUACUGUACAUGCCUUUCUCCAGCACAAGCCCUGCUUUCACAACCAUGCUGACAAAUGGAAAGCAACGGUAUGUAUUAAAGCCUAUAAAUUAUUAUUGCGGACUUUGUAAAAACAAAGUGGUGACCAUAGUUUGUUUUUUUAUUGUUAAGUUAUAUAAAUUGAGAUUUUUUUUUUGUUUGUUUUGAUAGAGACUGGAUUUUCAAUCCAAUGACCAAAUGCAUAU